UCUUAAUUCUUAAGUGCGGGAAAACUGUCAGAUUUUCCCGCGUAUAAGCUUGUGUAUAUGAAUAGUUUCUAUUGCUGUGUAAUAAACAGUGAUUUCAUGUAGUUUCAGAAUGAAUCUAGUGCAUUCUAUUGUAGAACGUGAAAAAGGAUGUGCAUCAAUACGUGAUUAUGAUAUCGCUUUAUACCGUUUAAAAUGCUACCAAGAUGACGUUUACCGUGGUAUAACACCAAAUACAAACGCGCUUGAUUUUAAUCCAGAACCACCAGUUUUUGCUUGUCGAUUUUGUACUACAGAAGGAUACGAACAAAUAAUUGCUUUAGCAAAUGAGGAUGGAAAGAUUGCUCUACAAGAUAUAAGCAUUAAAAAAGGGUCAAAUCAACCAUUGGAAGGAACACAGGCACAUUGUAAUGCAAUAUUUGAUGUUGCUUGGAUGCCAGGAGAAUUAAAAUUGGUCACAGCUUCUGGUGAUCAUACUGCAAGAUUAUGGGAUGUAUCUGGAUCUGAAAUAAAACAAAUUGAUUAUUUUCAUGCUCAUACAAGAAGUGUUAAGACUGCAGUGUUUCGUUAUCAGGACAAAGCUGUAUUUGCAACAGGAGCAAGAGAUGGUUCUAUCAUGAUAUGGGAUAUUAGAGCUAAUCAUUAUGAACGCCCCAAACCAGAUAAUUGUAUUUCCAAUGCACAUAAUACUGGCACUAUAGGUAAUGUAAGACAGCGUAGGGUAAUUAGUCAGGUAUCUAGAUCACAAAGUAUUACUGGUUUGGCAUUUCAAAAUGAUUUUACUUUACUUUCUUGUGCUGCUGGAGAUGGUGUGAUAAAGGUGUGGGAUUUACGUAAAAAUUACACUGUUCAUAAAAAAGAGCCUUUGGCUAAAUAUACAAUGAACUAUACUGGACAUAGUGCAAGAAAUGGAUUUUCAUCACUAUUAAUAUGUCCUGCUAGGAUUACAUUAUAUGCAAGUUGUAUGGAUAACGUUAUAUAUGCAUAUAAUAUAUCAUCUUAUAAUCCUAAACCAAUGGCAGAAUUUUAUGGGCACCAAAACUGUACAUAUUAUGUUAAAACGUGUUUAAGUCCUGAUGGACGUUAUAUUGCUAGUGGUUCCAGUGAUGAACUUGCAUACAUUUGGCGUACAAAUAAACCAGGAACACCAAUUGUGCAACUGUCUGGACAUACUGAAGAAGUUACGUGCAUUGCAUGGUGUAACAUUGGAGAAAGCAAAAUCGUAACAUGUUCCGAUGAUUCGUGUCAUAGAAUUUGGAGAGUUGGUUAUGAACAUAAAAUAGAAAAUGAAGAGAUUCAAAUAUGUGGUCAUGCAGAAGCUAUUGUUAACAAAAAUCCUUUAGAAAAUUUAAAGUUAGAAACUACACCAACUGUUACUCGACGAUGGGUUGCAUCUCAAGAAUGUACUCCUGGAUCCGAUACCACACCAAAUGCUACUCCUGGGCCUAGUUCAUCAGAUACUCAAAUUGGCGAUUAUCACGGUUCAUAUACUGUUAGUAAUUCGAUGAAAAGAAAUUAUUCCCAAAUAGCAACUGGUGGAUCAUGGACGGAUGGGAAAUUUAAAUCCAUUUUGUCACCUAUAAAAGAGAAUUUUGAAUUUGUUGCCAAACGAGCUCAUUUAGAAAAUCGUGGCGCACGAAGGUUAUUUAGUCCUGGUAAUGAUAUUAAUCCAUUAAGUAAAAGCCAUAAACCUGAUGAACCAAGUACAAGUUCAUCUGGUAUAGAAAUUAAAAAUAAUGAAAUUUACUUUUCGCCGACAUCAAAUCUUCCAAAUUUUGUAAUUGAUGGUACAGCGCCGCAUUUACUUCAACUUUCUCCAGAAAAGUAUAAAGAAAAUAUCGACUGGUUAACACGAAUACGAAAAGAAAAAUUUGAGCAGAAAACGAGAAAAACAGUGUCAGAAAAGUUAGCUAGCCCUAAUUCUCAUAUUACAUCAACUAAAAGAACUGGUAGAUCACGAUCAACAGAACCACAGAAAGUAUCUAAAGUAUCUAAAAGCCCAGUUCCUUCUUUGUUACAUUUUUUUAAAAUUACUGGAAAGGACUGUGAAACAAAUGUAUAUUGCGAUAGUAGUAAAGUAGUAUCUUCUACAAAAUCUAUGGAUGUUAAGGACUAUCACAAGGUGUGUGAGGAAGUAUAUGAUACUGAACCUUCUACAUCUAAAGAGGAUACUGUAAACAGUUUACAAAAUAUCGCGUUAGAAGAAAUGAACAAUAUCUCAAAAGGUAAUGAAGUUGAUAUAAAUGAGCUAAAAAUGGAAGUUGAAACAUUAGAAGCAGUAGAUCAAACUCAAGCUGAAAGUAAAGUAAUUCAAGAAGUUAUUGAACCUUCUAUUGAUGAUAAAUGUGAUGUUAAUACAAAAGAUAUAUUUGGACCAACUGAAGAUAAAGAAACAAUUAGAGAAACAUCCUUUUCUAUUGUAAAUUCAAAUGUUUCAUCAGAACCAACAACCUCACAGGACAAUACUCCUUCUUCCUCAAAUGACAUUGAAUCAAGCGGUUCACCUUCUAAUGAUCAAAAUAAAAUUAAACGAAGUAUUUCCAAAGGUCAAGUAAAUGGUGAUAGUGGCAUUUCAAUGGAAAAAUCUGGUAAUAGUUCUGAUGAAGAUUCAAGUAAGCGGCAAAAGUUGAAUGAAACCGUAUCUAGUAAAUCAAAAUCUGACGAUGAAAAUGUAGAUAAUGUACCAAAGUUUCAUAAGUUAAAGUCCAAAGUAAAAAAACGUAAUUAUCGCAGUAAGAGACCUCCAGCAGGAGAAAAUGCAGAUAGUUGCAAUGAAGGAAGUACUGAAGAUGUUGAAAUGAGACAAGAAACAGAGGAAAGCACAACAUCUAGAGGAGUAGAAAAUCGUGAACGGGGAUUGGAAACAAAUAGUGAUGGUCCAGAUGUUGAAGAUGCAGGUAUGUAUUACUAAAUGCAUAUUAUUUUAUCAAUUUAAUUUGUACUUCAUAUUUUUACUUUUCAAGAUGGAAAUGAUUCAAAUGAAUGGACAACAGCCAGUGAAGAAGAGUUAGAAGAAGCAGAAGAAGAUAUUCCUGCUUGUUUAAAGAAAGAAAAGCCAAAGCCAAACUGGUUUGUAGUGCCAGAAAUUAUUCACCGUGAAAUGGGCAACAAUCCAUUAUUUCAACGUCGAUAUUAUGGUUCCUUGCAUGUCGUAGAACGUUUAGAACUUGCAUAUAAACUCGAAGAACAUCAGGGCUGUGUUAAUGCUUUAAAUUUUAAUCAAAGAGGAAAUUUACUAGCUAGUGGUUCAGAUGAUUUGGCUGUAGUUAUAUGGGACUGGGCAAAAGGGAAAAAGCAUCAUUCUUUUGAUAGCGGUCAUAGAAGUAACAUGUUUCAGGCAAAAUGGUUACCAUUUCAUGUAGAAUAUUUAAUGGCUACGUGUGCUCGUGAUGGACAAGUACGUUUAUUAGAUGUUAGACGCGGUACAUCACGAAGAAUAGCAAUGCACCACGCGCCUACUCAUAAACUUGCAGUUCAUCCAGAUGCACCUCAUGUUAUAAUUUCUGUUGGUGAAGAUGCUAAAGUGUUAUCUAUAGAUAUUAGAGAAGAAAAACCAACAAAAUUGCUAGCGGUGAAAGAUGGGUCUUCUGAUGUGCAAUUGUACAGUGUUCAUUCAAACCCGCUUAAUAGUAAUGAAUUUUGUGUUGGUGGUCGGUCUCAAGUGGUUAGAAUAUAUGAUCGACGAAAAGUGUCUGCACCGUUACAUAAAUUAUGUCCUGAUCAUUUGGCUGGGAAUAAACAUGCACACGUAACUUGCGCUGUAUAUAAUUAUAAUGGAACCGAAGUUCUUGCAUCUUAUAACGACGAAGACAUAUAUCUGUUUGAUACAGUGAUGCCUCAAAUUGGAGAUUUUGCUCAUCGAUACCAAGGUCAUAGAAAUAACGCCACGGUGAAAGGUGUAAACUUUUUCGGACCAAAAAGUGAAUUUGUUAUAUCUGGAUCGGAUUGUGGAUACAUAUUUAUCUGGGACAAGAAUACUGAAGCCAUAGUAAAUUGGAUGCCCGGUGAUGAACAAGGAGUGGUAAACUGUUUGGAACCUCAUCCACAUAUUCCUAUCCUUGCAACAAGUGGACUUGAUUUUGAUGUGAAAAUAUGGGUGCCUUCUUGUGAACAUCCUCCAAACUUAACAAAGCUAGCAAGUUGUGUUAAAUCCAAUGCGAUUAAUAGAGCAGAAGAUACUGCUAAUGAAUCUGAUGCAUUUGAUGGUCAGAUGCUUUGGAUAUUGCUAAGAACCAUCCGUCAUGCAGAAAGAAUAAGAAAUCACAGUGCACGUAGAGGUUCUAGUGAUCGAAAUCGGAAUGUGGCGGAUGAUGAUGAUGAGGAUGAUAAUGUUGAUGAUUCUUCGGAUGACAACGAUUCUUCCGAUCAUAGUGAUAGUCAGUCAGAGGGAGAUGGAAUUAGAACAUUACAGUGCCCUCCAUCAUAGAGGUAUUUAAACGGAUUGUUUCAAGUUUCAUAAAUUAAAAUUUACACGAUGUCUUCAAUAAAUGUUACUAAAUAUUGACAAUUAUAGGGAAGAUACAUAAAAGAAUGUAAAAGUUCCAUAAUCCCCUCUCAAUUUAUCUUUUUCUACCAGUUUAAUAGUUUGUGCUUAUUAAUGAUAGAAACAGUGUACGACUAUUUAAUACAAUAAUCAUAAGAGUAAGUGUGCAUUAAAUAUGUAUAAAAGUUAUUGUUACGAAUAUGUACAGUAUUAGGUGAUAAUAACAAAUAAUACAGUUCUAUUUCUAAAAGCAA